GCUCCCUACUUUGGUUGUACAUAUAAUUUUCAGUCUAGACAACUAUUUCGAGUAGCCGGCGGCAGUUGACUGACUGAACCUUGAUUUCUUAUCGUCAAUCAAUGGAUCUCGAACUGAAAGAUGUGCACAUUCUCGUCACCGGGGCUAGCGGGGGCAUUGGCCUAGAGACGGCUUCUGAAUUUCUGAAGCAAGGUGCCAGGGUCACAGCGCAUUACAACACGAAACGUGAACCAUUGCUCGGUCUUCUUUCCGGUUAUGGCCCCGGGCGCAUUCAGGCAGUCCAGGCAAACCUGAUUUCAGAGAAAGAAGUGGAUUCUUUGUUCCAUGAUGCGUCUGCAGCAUAUGGCGUAGUACAAGUUGCCGUUAUCAAUCACGCUAUAUACGUUGCUGAAGACAUACCCGUGAAAGACAUGUCGCUCGAGCAGUGGAAGACCACUUUGGACGUCAACCUCACCUCCACAUUUCUCGUGGCACGAGGUUACCUGAAACAGCUGGAGCAUGCUUCCGACUCGGAAAAAGCCAAGGCAUCCCUUUUGUUUGUAGGGUCCUCAGCUGCCGAAUUUGGUGAAGCGAACCAUGCUGACUAUUCGGCCUCAAAGAGUGCGAUGAUGUAUGGUCUCACCAGGACCCUUAAGAAUGAGAUUGUUAAGAUCGCACCUAAGGCGCGGGUCAACUGCGUCGCCCCCGGGUGGACAAGGACGCCUAUGGCAGAAGAGAGUCUCAAGGACCCAAAUGUGGUGUACAGGGCAAUGGCCACGACCCCUUUGAAGAAGGUUGCAGUGCCGGCAGAUGUAGCUACACAAAUAGUCGUAAUGUCCUCAACCAGGAUAUCAGGUCAUGUAUCUGGUCAAGUCCUCAUGGUUGCAGGCGGCAUGGAAGGGCGGCUUCUCAAUGGGCCCCAGGACAUCGAUCUAUAAGUGCACCGGUUAUGCGUCCGAGUUCUAGGCCAGCCAAUAGGCGAGCUUGCGACUAAC